AUGUAUAGAAAUUUGGGUCAUUCUUCUUAUCAAGCCAUGAAUGUAAUUCAUGAAGAAAAUGGGAAUCAGUUGUGGCUGGGUGAUUACACAGCUGCCUAAGAUAAGCCAACUCUCGACAAGAAGGGAAUAAGAACAGUGUUAACAGUUGCAUGCUAACUUAAUAUCAAAUAUAAUGAUUAGAACAUGAAUCAUAAAAUCUAUUCAAUUUUAGACUCAGAAUAGGCAAAUGUAGCAUAGUUUUUUGAUGACUCUUUUUAUCACAUUAAAAAUGGGUUGAAAUCUGGAUCUGUUCUUGUUCAUUGUGCAGCUGGAGUUUCGAGGUCAGCAUCCAUAGUAAUAGCGUAUCUCAUGAGAAAUAAAGGAUGGACAUACAGUGAAGCAUUCUCUCAUGUCAAGAGCAAAAGAUUUGUCAUUUGUCCAAAUAGUGGAUUUUAACGAUAAUUGAAACUAUUUGAAAAACAAUUAAGAUCACCUAAAGAAAAUGAAAAAUAAUCUAACUAAAAAGAAUCAGAUGAUAAUCAAGUUAAUCAUAAUGAAAAAGAAAUAGAAAAACCACUUGACAUCAAAAAAUCUGAACCAUAAGUAAAAAUUGGAAAUUAGGUGAAAUAAGAGGCUAUCAUUCAAAAUGAAUUCAGAUAAACUCUUAAAAACAAUGACUUUCUAGGAAAUGCUUCAAAGUAGGAAACUAAAACUAAUUUUCUUCCCUAAAACAUCAAUAACAAUAGAAAUUGUAUGCUCACUACUAAAUUUAUUAAUACAAGAACAAAUAUACAAUAAAACAAAAUCAAUUUAUCAACAAUGCAAACCUCCUACAAUUCUUCUUAUGCUGGACCUCAAAUUGUUACACAUGCCCAAAAUAAGUUAUUUGAAAAAUAAGCUUUAUCAAUAUUCCCUGGCAUUUAGGCUAAAUCUAACUUAAUUAAUUACACCAUGAAUAAUAGAAGAAACUAAUGA